AGAGGGAGGGGAAUGAUAGGUUUUUGGCGUUUGGGAUUGAGAGAGGGAACGUACGACAACGACGACGAUGGCGGUGUUGGACGAGGAAGAAGAGAACUUGGCGCACUUCCUCGAAUCGGAGGUGCUCUCAGAGGUUUCCGAUCAGGAAGAUGAGCCCAGCCCCAAGAGAAGGCGUGAGGAAUCUCCGCCUCGGCCUCCGCCUCCGCCUCAGCUUCGGGCUCGGGUUCGGGCUCGGCCUGAGCCUCGGAUUGAAUCUGGAAUUCUGAGUAAAAUCCCUCCAGAACUCUUCCCUCACAUCCUCAAAUUCCUCUCUUCUGAGGAUCUUUUUGCCUGCGCACUUGUCUGUAGAUUUCUUACUAUUGCAGCUUCCGAUGAAUACCUAUGGCGUCGCUUGUAUGCAUUGCGCUGGGGUCUUAUGCCCCCUUCCAAGAAACUACGUGAGUGUCCUUGGAAAAAGCUUUAUAUUCAGCGAGAUGAAGAGGACAUGACGGAGCUAGUUAGGAAUUGCCCAGUUGAGUUUAAAGAGUAUUACAUCCAAAUGCAAGCAGCCAAGAGAAGCCAAGCACCUCUGCUUUCACAGGUGAUCGAUGACCGCCUAAUCCUUGACAAGACGGUAGCUGAUCAAGUUUCUAUAUGGAAAAACAGUAAAGGUCUGACAGAUGCGGUGACCACGGAUCACGCUUGUUCUGGAGAAACUUGUUCUUUCCAUCAAAUUGGAGAUGUCUUUCUUUGCGAGAAGACUGGACAUAUUCAUGUAUGUGAUGAUACGUGUAGAGAAGCUGUUAUGGAUCCCGCCAAUGAGCUAUGGGUUUGUACUAUAUCCGGGCACUGUUUUGAUAGGUUACUGUCACCAGCUGAAAUGGAACCAGAUAUUGAACAGCAACAAGGUGGUGUCACUGAUGAGGCAGAGCCUUUUAUGGGAUCUGGCCGAUUUGCGCGAGCAUACUCGCUUGGAUAUAACUGUGCUGAUGAGAAGGAACUGGAAGCUGCACUGAGGUUUUGCUGAGUCGUUUUGAAGGAAAAAAAAAGUGAUGUUAUGGUAUGUUGGAUCGAUGCAGAUAAAGAAGCAUUGCAUUUUGGUCCAUCUGGUGCGACAUUGUAUUUUAGUGAAUGUAUAAAGGUCUAUUACUACUGCUGCUGAUAGCCUUGAUAUGUAUUUUGUAGCACUAUAUAUUAUUUAUUUUUCUUGUUCA